CUCGGGGGUGGCAGCCGUUGGGCAAGCGAGGCGAGGGGCGGGGCUCCCUGGCGCCCCGAGAGUCCGAAGUGUGGCUGUGCGGCGGUAGCCAAGCGGGUUUCUGGUCUGUCACGCUGAGGGGCGAUCCGGGCAGCAUGAAUGAAGCUGAAGGCCUGCGGCAGCGCCGCCCUGUCCGGCCGCAGGUGAUCACCGAGGACAACACGGCUCAGGAAACCAAGGAUGGCAGUACUUACAGCAACAAGGUAUUCCGUGUGACUUUCAUGACUUUGGCUGUAUCGCUCAUAAUUCUCUUAUUUGGAGCAAUAGUUCUUCUGGAAUGUCCGAUAGACCCUCAGCCUAUAAGUUUCAAAGAACCUCCUUUCCUCACUGGUGCCUUAGAGCAAAACUUUAAGCUCCGUCAAGCAGACAGGCUAUUUGAAAACCAACUUGUUGGACCAGAAUCCAUUGUAAAUAUUGGCGAUGUGCUGUUCACUGGUACAGCUGAUGGAAAAAUCCUGAAGAUUGAAAAUGGGGAAAUACGCACAAUUGCCCGACUUGGCUAUGGGUCCUGUGGAACCAGAGACGAUGAACCCACGUGUGGAAGACCUCUUGGAAUCCGUGUUGGACCAAAUAACACACUUUUUGUGGCCGAUGCCUACUAUGGACUCUUUGAAAUCAAUCCUGCCUCAGGUGAAGUGCAAAUGCUUGUGUCUUCCAAGAUUCCAAUUGAGGGGAAGAACUUGUCCUUUGUGAAUGAUCUUACAUUGACUCGGGAUGGACGGAAAAUCUACUUUACAGACUCUAGCAGUAAAUGGCACAGAAGAGACUAUUCUUUGUUAAUCAUGGAGGCUACAGAUGAUGGACGCUUACUUGAAUAUGACACUGUGACAAAGGAAGUGAAAGUCUUGAUGGAGGGCCUCCGAUUUGCAAAUGGAGUUCAGCUCUCACCGGCUGAAGACUUUGUGUUGGUGGCUGAAACUACUAUGGCAAGAAUACGAAGGUAUUAUGUGUCAGGCCUAAUGAAAGGUGGAGAAGACAUGUUUGUAGAAAAUAUGCCUGGAUUCCCAGAUAACAUACGUUUAAGCAGCUCUGGAGGUUAUUGGGUAGCUAUGUCAGCUAUCCGAGUCAGUCCUGGAUUUUCUAUGAUGGAUUUCUUAUCUGAAAAACCGUGGAUUAAAAGAAUUAUAUUUAAGCUGCUCAACCAAGAAACUGUGAUAAAAUUUGUGCCUAAGUACAGCCUUGUUGUAGAACUGAGUGACACUGGAUCUUACAGAAGAAGUUUCCAUGAUCCCAACGGAAUGGUGGCAACGUACAUAAGUGAAGUACAUGAACACAAUGGACUUCUCUACAUAGGCUCCUUCCGGUCUCCCUUUAUUUGCAGACUGAACCUUGAAGAUGUCUAAUUGCCUGAGCCAAAAGCAAUGCCACUGUUGUCUUGAACUGCUCUGGAAGUGCAAAAGGGGAUCAGUCACGACCUUUGGCCUAGGAAGAAGAAUGGCAGCACAGUUAGUUGUGAGCACUGUAGCACUAUGUAACUAGCAGGGUUCAGAGUCUGACCGCUUCCUGUUACUCAGCAUGUCAUUUUGAAAUGAGUGGGCACAAUCCAUCAUCAUAUUGCGCAACUCCCAUUUGUAUGGUGCGCCUUGUGUAGAAGUUGUUCCUGGUGGACUGUGCCCAAUCUGUGAAAUCUUUAUUUUCCUUAAGCAAAGUGAAUACAAAAUUACCUCAUGAAAAAAAACUUGGCACAUUCAUUUAUUAACCAUAUUGUUGAAAAGUCACUUCUACUAUUGAAAGAUUUUUCAUAGCCAUACCUGGUCAACUUCCAUAUUUCAAAAAUAUCGUAUUGAAAUUCAUCAUUGGAUUCAGAGUUGCUAGUCUUAGCUGAUGAUGUCUUGCAUGUGCUUAUUUCCAACUUGAGUCUCUCUCAAUAGGCAUGGUUUUGUAAGCAUGCAUGUUGUAAUACUUAAUUGCCAUGCCUUUAUAGAUGUAUUUAUCAACUGAAUUACAAUUCCAUUUCCUUUUAGGGCUGCUUUCUUUAUUGACAGUUUUAAAGACAAGAGUACUUUGUGACUCCUCAAGUCUGAAAAUGUCAUCUCAGAAUGAUAAAUGGCUGUAGCUAGCUUUGAGAAAAGCAGAGCUGGUUCCAGGGUCUUAUUUGAUCUUUGAGCAAGCUAUUUAAUCAUUGGCAUCUUUUCAGGCACAAGAAAUGCCCUCCUGUCUUUCAGCUGCAAUCUGGGAUCUACUCUUAAAUUCUCACGUUUAUAAGACUACAAAAUUGUAAUAAUCAGAACUAUCCAUGGAGGCCUUCGUUUCUCACUAGAAUUUGACCAAAAGCUGCACUCAAGGUUAACUCAAAUGUAUGCCGAUUGUUUGACUGAAAUGACUUCUCCAAGCACAUAAAGAGCUAUUGCUUAAAGUGCAUUUUAUUUUCUGGUUUUGACAUAAAAUUAAGUGCUUCUAUUGUAUGUGAACAGUUCAGGGUUUUUAAAGAUGUGAAGAUAUGGCUAAAUCCAUUUGAAAUGGAUGAGAUUUUUAAUAGUGAGUGAAGUAAACAAAGUCUUGACAGGCUUACUGAGUUCCAGCUGGGUGGUCUUUAAAGGGACAGAAACACAUGUUACAAAGCUUUGUUAUCAUUUGUAAGCCAAAACAAACUAUUAAAUGACUACAUCAUCCAA